AUGAACGUCCUCAUCUUCGGAGAUCAGACCGCUGAUCAGUUUCCCCUACUGAAAAAGGUGGCCACAUGGAGAAACAACGCUACUCUCACAACUUUCCUCGACCGUGCCAGUGUCGUCCUCCGCGACGAAGUACAGAAGCUGCCAAAGACACAGCGAGACCAAAUUCCUGAUUUUCUCACUACUUGGGAUCUGGUCAAUACCUACUACAGCGAAGGCAAGAAGAUCCCCCAGCUCGAAAGCUGCAUGGUUACUUUGGCACAACUUGCACACUACAUCGGGUACUACGGCGAGAACCCAACAGACCUGCCCAACCCUGCCAACACACGUCUUGUCGGUCUCUGCACUGGCUCAAUCGCAGCUUCAGUCGUAGCGUCCGCACGAUCCAUUAGCGAGUUGCUGCCCCUUGCAACAGAAGCCGUUCGUAUCGCGUUCCGCGUUGGUACCUGCGUUGGCGCAGCCAAGGAUGCGCUUGAGCACCCUGCAGAUGCCAAAGAAAGCUGGUCGACCAUUGUGACAGGUAUUUCUGAAAGCGCAGCGAAAAAGGCCUUGUCCGCGUUUCACGAUGAGCGACGGAUACCAGCCUCGGCGCGCGCCUAUGUUAGCGCUGUUAGCGUCAUGGCUCUAACCAUCAGUGGCCCACCAUCGACAACGAAACGCGUUUUCCAGGAGAUCGACGCCUUCAGGAACAAUACGCGAGUGCCCAUCCCUGUGUACGCACCCUACCAUGCCUCGCACGUCCACGCCCAGGCCGACGUCGACCGCAUUCUGGACAGCGAGGCCACCAGGCACUUGCAGCAGUUCCGGCCCCUGGCUUUGAUCCACUCGGCAUCCAGCGGCAAGUGCCAGACUGCGACCAGCACGCUCGAGCUGAUGCGCAACGCUCUCACGGACAUCCUCCUCGAGCCUGUGCGAUGGGACAGCCUUCUCGGCGGCGUCGUUUCUCAGGUAACCGCCACCGGCAGCGCAGACUGCUCUCUUGUUGCCAUCGGUGUGACCAAUAUCGCAAACAGCCUUGCAUCUGCUCUCAAGGCUGGCGGCCAAUCCCACACUGCGGUUCGUGACCACACAUCUUGGGUGCAGACUACGGAUGCAACCCGCGGCCGCACCCAGAAUGACAAGAUCGCCAUUGUUGGUAUGUCUGGUCGUUUCCCAGGUGCAGCCAGCCCCGAGGCGCUUUGGGAGCUUCUUGAGAAGGGCCUGGACGUCCACCGCGAGGUUCCGGCCGACCGCUUCGAUGCCAAGGCUCAUUGCGACCCUUCUGGCAAGGGAAAGAACAAGAGCCACACUCCCUUUGGCUGCUUCAUUGACGAGCCGGGUCUGUUUGAUCCUCGCUUCUUCAACAUGUCUCCACGUGAAGCUGCUCAGACGGACCCCAUGGGCCGUCUGGCGUUGACCACCGCUUUCGAGGCUUUGGAGAUGUCCGGUUACGUUCCCAACCGCACGCCUUCCACAAAGCUGAACCGCAUUGGAACCUUCUACGGUCAGACCUCUGAUGACUGGCGUGAGAUCAACGCUGCCCAGAACAUUGACACCUACUUCAUCACUGGUGGUGUCCGCGCAUUCGCGCCCGGCCGCAUCAACUACUACUUCAAGUUCUCCGGUCCAUCUUACAGCAUUGAUACCGCCUGCUCGUCGUCGCUCGCUGCAAUUCAGCUGGCCUGCACUUCGCUCUGGGCGGGUGACUGCGACACUGCCUGCGCUGGUGGACUCAACGUCCUUACCAACCCGGAUAUUUUCUCCGGUCUCAGCAAGGGACAGUUCUUGUCCAAGACUGGCGGCUGCAAGACCUACGACAAUGAUGCAGACGGCUACUGCCGUGGUGAUGGUUGUGGCUCGGUCGUGUUGAAGCGCUACGAGGAUGCCAUUGCGGACCAGGAUAAUAUCCUUGGCUGCAUCUUGGGUGCAGCUACCAACCACAGCGCCGAAGCCGUCUCCAUCACCCAUCCCCAUGCUGGAGCACAGGAGUAUCUUUACAGCAAAGUCCUCGCCAACGCUGGUGUUGACGCGCAUGACAUUAGCUACGUUGAGAUGCACGGAACUGGUACUCAGGCCGGUGACGGUAUUGAGAUGACUUCAGUUACCAACGUAUUUGCUCCACGCCACCGCCAGCGUCGCCCUGAACAGACUCUCCACCUCGGCGCCAUCAAGGCCAACAUUGGUCACGGUGAAGCCGCUUCGGGAAUCAACUCGCUCGUCAAGGUUCUGAUGAUGAUGAAGAAUAACGCCAUCCCUGCCAACGUCGGUAUCAAGGGAGUGAUGAACAAGACCUUCCCCAAGGACCUCGGUCAGCGCAACGUGCAUAUCUCUACUACCCAAGUUGCACUUCCGCGUAAUGGUGCUGAGAAGCGCAAGCUCUUCUUGAACAACUUCUCCGCGGCUGGCGGCAACACCGCUAUCCUCCUGGAGGACGGCCCUUUGCGUCAGGUGCCCCAGGGUGUUGACCCCCGCACCAUGCAUACUAUCACUGUAACCGCCAGGUCCAUCGCAUCGUUGAAGAGAAACAUCAACAACGUCAUCAAGUUCCUUGAAGAGAACCCAGAGACCACUCUGCCUAGCUUGGCCUACACAACCACCGCUCGUCGCAUCCAGCACAACUACCGCGUUGCUAUAUGCGUUGACGACAUCUCCAAGGUCAAGGACGCUCUUCAGACUCAGCUGAAGGACUCGUACAAUCCUCUCCCAAUGGUUCCGACUAAGACUGCCUUUACUUUCACUGGUCAGGGCUCGCAGUACACUGGCCUUGGUCAGAAGCUUUACAAAGACCUCACAACCUUCAAGGCCGAUAUUGACCAGCUUGACAACAUUGCUCGUCUGCACAGCCUCCCGUCUUUCCUGCCCCUGCUCACAGGUGUUGAUGUGGCUACUCUGUCGCCUGUCGUCGUUCAGCUUGGUAUGGCCUGCAUUCAAGUCGCUCUUGCACGCAUGUGGGCGUCUUGGGGCAUCAAGCCGAUCGCAGUAGUCGGUCACAGCCUUGGCGAGUACGCUGCACUUCAUGUUGCUGGUGUCAUCUCUGCCAGUGACAUGGUUCUCCUUGUAGGCCGCCGUGCUGAGAUCCUAGAGCAGGAGUGCACUGCUGGUACCCACGGCAUGCUCGCUGUAAAGGGCAGCGCUGCUUCCAUCAAGGCCGCUCUCGGUGACAAGAUGACUGAGAUUGCCUGCAUGAACGGCCCCGAGGAGACUGUUCUUUGUGGCACGGUUGAGGUUGUUGAGUCCACGAACCAGCUCCUUUCCGGCCAGGGAUUCAAAUCAACAAAGCUGAACGUGCCGUUCGCAUUCCAUUCUGCCCAGGUCGAGCCCAUCCUUGCCAAGUUCCAGGACGUUGCUUCUGCAGUUGUCUUCAGCAAGCCCCAGGUGCCAGUCAUGUCUCCCCUGACUGGCGAAGUCAUCCGCGAGGCCGGCAUCAUCAACGCUGCCUACCUGGCUCGCCAUGCACGCGAGACUGUGAACUUUUGGACUGCUGUAUCUGCUGGCAAGGAUGAGAAGCUCUUUGAUGAGAAGACCACCUGGCUUGAGGUCGGUGCUCACCCUGUCUGCAGUGGCAUGGUGAAGUCAACUCUCGGUGGAGCACCCACCACCGCUGGCUCUCUCCGUCGCAACGAGGACCCCUGGAAGACUCUUUCCAACACCAUUGCAACCUUCCACCUUGCUGGCGUUGCAUUCGACUUCAACGAGUAUCACAGGCAAUUCAAGGAUGCUUAUGAGCUGUUGACCCUCCCAACCUACAGCUUCGACAACAAGAAGUACUGGCUCGACUACCAAAACAAUUGGACUCUGACCAAGGGCGAGGCUGUCCAGCCUGCUCAGCCCAAGGCCAUCGAGGCUCCUGUCGAGAUUGCAUCCAAGCUGUCCACUACCUCUUGCCACAAGGUCGUUCGCGAGGAGCUCCAUGCCAACUCCGGUACUGUCGUCGUUCAGUCCGAUCUGUCCGAUCCCAAGCUCAAGGCUACCAUCACCGGCCACCAAGUCAACGGAACACCCUUGUGCCCGUCGUCGCUUUACGCAGAUCAGGCUAUGACUGUAGCCGACUACCUCUACCAGCAGCUGCGCCCCAACAUGCCCACACCUGGUCUUAAUGUCUGCGCCAUGGAGGUGCCUAAGACUUUGAUUCCGCAGUGGCCUGCCCCCGCCGGUGGCCAGCAUCUGCAGGUUGAGGCUACGGCUGAUCUGGAGACCAACCAGGUCGAUGUCAAGUUCCGCACCGUUACUGCAGACGGCUCCAAGGUUCUUGCCGAGCACGCCUUUGGUGUUGUCAAGUACGAGGAUGUCAACGUCUGGAAGGAGGAGUGGGGCCGCAUUCAGUACAUGGUCCAGACCCAGGUCGAUGUCCUGAAGCAGAAGCUUGAAACUGGUGCUGCCCACAAGGUGCUUCGUGGUAUGGCUUACAAGCUGUUCAAGGCCCUUGUUACUUACGCCGACAACUACCGCGGUAUGGAGGAGGUCAUCCUGGACGGCAAGACCACCGAAGCGACCGCUCAGGUCCAGUUCCAGACUACCCCUGCCGACGGAGAGUUCUUCUGCUCUCCAUACUGGAUUGACAGCUUGUGUCAUCUCUCUGGCUUCAUCGUCAACGCUUCUGACCAUCUUGACUCCGACAACUCGGUCUACAUCUCCCACGGAUGGGGAUCCAUCAAGAUCUCGAAGCAGCUGUCGCCCGAGAAGAAAUACCGCUCCUAUGUCCGCAUGCAGCCUGCUCCUGGCAACAUUUCCGUUGGUGAUGUGUACAUUCUCGAGGGCGAGGAGAUCAUCGGUAUGGUUCUUGGUCUCAAGUUCCAGAACAUUCCUCGUCGCGCUCUCAACAUCAUGAUGCCGCCCUCUGGUGUCAAGUCCGGUCCUGCCGCCAAGGCCAUGGCUAGGCCCGCUCCUGUCAAGGCCAUUGCCGCCGCUCCCUUCAAGGCUGCGCCCGCUGCAGUCAAGGUUUCCAAGCCUGCAGCGAAGCCUGCGAAGGCCAAGGUCGUCAAACAGGUCAGCAGUGGUGUCACUUCCAAAGUGAUGAAGAUUAUCGCCGAAGAGACCGAUGUUGACAUGUCGGAGCUCGUUGACGACGCCGCAUUUGAGAACCUCGGUGUUGAUUCUCUGCUCUCCCUGACCAUCUCGGCCAGGUUCCGCGAGGAGCUUGACAUGGAAAUUCCCUCCACACUCUUCACCGACUGUGCCAGCGUUGGUGAGCUGAGGAAGUACUUCUCUCAAUACGACGGUGGCGCUAUUGUUGUCGAAGACGAUGCCUCUGACACCACCGACGAGCCGUCUGAUGCCUCCACACCUUACGAGCGUGGGGCUGGUAGCACGCCCCCUAGCUCUGCUCCUAGUCUCGACGGCAACGAUGUCGAGAUCAAGGUUUCCGAACAGAUUGUCGACGGCGAGGCCAGCCUUGCUCGCAAGCUUGUUGCUGAGGAGAUGGGUGUUGAUGUCUCCGAGAUCACAGACGAUCUUGACCUCACCGACAUCGGCAUGGACUCUUUGAUGAGUUUGACCAUUCUUGGUUCUAUGCGCGAGCAGACUGGACGGGACCUUCCUGCCGAUUUCCUCACUGUCAAUGUCACCAUCAAGGAUAUCGAAUCUGCCCUUGGUAUGCGCCCUGCCCCUAAGCAAGUCAAGGUUACUGCGCAGGUCACUACCAAGGUCCCCCAACUUGCUGAGGUAAACAAAAAGCUGGCUCAAGCUAUCGAUAUCUCGCAGCUGCCUUCAGCCAACUCUGUACUGCUCCAGGGUAACCCGAAGGUUGCUACAAAGAAGUUCUUCUUGGUUCCCGACGGUUCCGGCAGUGCCACCUCCUACAUCUCCAUUCCCAACAUCUCCCCUGAUAUGGCUGUCUACGGACUGAACUGCCCGUUCAUGAAGUGCCCUGAAAAAUGGGAGUGCGGUGUUGAAGGUGUCUCUCAGAUCUACCUCAAGGAGAUCAAGCGCCGUCAGCCUGAAGGCCCUUACAUCGUUGGUGGAUGGUCUGCUGGUGGUGUUAUGGCCUACGAAGUUGCUAAGCAGCUUGUUGACGCUGGCGAGAAAGUUGAGAACCUCGUCUUGAUCGACGCUCCCUGUCCCAUCGCUCUCGAUCCUCUACCUGCCCGUCUCCACAUCUUCUUCGACCAGAUUGGUCUUCUCGGUACUGGCAAGCCAGGUGGUACUCCCUCGUGGCUCUUGCCUCAUUUCGCCUCGGCCAUUCAGAAUCUGAAGAACUAUGACCCAAUCCCCAUGGACCCCAAGAAUGCGCCACCCGUCCUUGCCAUCUGGUGUACUGACGGUGUGUGCCCCAACCCUGAGGACCCUCGCCCACCACCAGGCGAGGGAGAGGACCCGGCUCCCAUGAAGUGGCUCCUCAACAACCGCACUGACUUCGACGACAACGGUUGGGCUCAGCUCCUCCCCAAGGACAAGUUUGAGUAUGCUGUCAUGGGCGGUAACCACUUCACAAUGAUGAAGGGUGAUCAUGGUGUCACAUUAGGCAAGCUCCUUCAGAAGGGUCUCAAGCUAUAA